GCUGACCGACCUCACCAGCUCUUUGCGGAUACUUCAUCUCUGCCUCCUCCUCCUCCACCGCCUCCACCUCCUAUCGUCGUCCCUGGGGGUCCUCCACCCCCUCCAAAUGUUUUGCCACCCCUUGGUCUUAUGCCUGGUCUAGGCAUGCCGCCCCCUCCACCUCCACCGCCCCCGAUCGGCCUCGCCCUGGGGCCUCCGCUUGGUGCCCCUCCAGGUUCUGGAGGCUUCUUGGCACCGCCUCCGCCUCCACCCCCGCCUACAGCUACUUCCCUGGUUGGAGCCUAUCCCUCCCUAUCCGGUCUGCCCCCACCGCCACCACCACCACCUCCAUCUACAGCCACGUCACAUGGUUUCCCAGCUCCGCCUCCACCACCACCACCACAUGCCACCAACCCCUGGGGCAUCCCGCCUGUUCCCGGCCCUAUUUUUGCUCCUCCGCCCCCUCCGCCUCCUCCACCACCACCACCACCCCCUAUGUGA